ACAUGUUCAGCCAUUGCUUUCUCACUUUCAGCCUUCAGAACAAAUACCAUGAAUUGAAAGCCUAGAAACGACUACGCGAUACGAUAGCUCAUAUAGCACAUAUAAAACCACUGCCCAUUACCUUGACUUUGGAAUCAUAGACCAAGUAAUACAGUUCCAAAUACGUUUCAACACCACAAGAUAAUACUUUAAUACGCACAAGUUAAGUAAACACUCCAAAAUGAGCUCCUAUCUAAGCUUCCAGUGGCCCAACCCCGAAGGCGUCUGCUGCUACCGUUCCUUCGACAACUCCAAUGACCACUCCAUCAUCGCCAUCAAAGUCCCCUGGCUCCAAUGGCCCAAUGACCCCCUCGAAGACGUGCAUUCACCCUGGUGGGUAAUCCACGAGAAAGCACGCCAAGCAGUAAGACUCUGGAAGAAAAUUCUGAACGAGAAGCUCUCUAGUGAGACGCACCAUAAACAUAUGAAGAUUACUGAAGUUGUUUUAUGGGUUUGCGGCUGAUGAGAUUGCCAAGAUGAAUGAGGUUAAGGGGCUGGAUCUUGGUAAGGAUGUUGUUAAGUGGGUUGGGAGUGGGAGAGAUG